AUGACAACAAAUGCAAACCCUUCUUUAGAAAUCCUCUCUUUAUCCAUUUCCAAGAAGAAAAUCAAACACUUGAUGUCUUAUUCGGGCCUGGAAAAGAAGCUUCAACCAGCAAAGAGGGCGUGGAAACGCUUCGCCAAGACAGUCGAGUCAAAAUUCCAUAACCUGAAUUUCUAUGGAGCCAUCAAGGGCAUCAAGACCAGCUCCAAUCGCCUCCUCUCUUAUUGCUCCAUCCGUUUCUUUGAUCCUUUAAAGAAACGUUCCGUAACCAGACCACCAUAUCGUGGCUACCAUUAUAAUAAUAGUCAUCUUUACCGACACUAUUAUAGCAACAAGAGCCAGGCUCAUAAGAACUUCUCACCCAUAUACAUAGACCAACUCUAUUCUGUGGAGGCUGAAGGUUCGUCGUAUUCGCUUCAGGCCAAGAAGCAUUUCCAUGCAGAAACUAGCAGCAGAGGUAAACAGGUGGUUGAUAAGCAGGUUUUGCCGAGAAAAGUAGAAAAGGAAAAGGAGAAGGAGAAGGUGCUGUAUAGCAUUGAAGAUGCUUGGAGAGAAGUUGUUGCUAAAUCACCGCAGCUAAGACCAGUGGAUGAGAGGGCUGAGGAAUUUAUAUCCAAAUUUCAUCGAGAAAUAAAGCUUCAGAAGGAGAAAUCCAUUCUUGAAUUUGAGGAGAUGUUGGCUAGGGGUGCCUAG